CAAGCAAUUAUCUAUGUAAAUUAAUGAGGAAACAUUUGAAACGGUACCUGGUUUCCGAUCGAAAGCAGAAGCAGAAGCAGGAACCUGAGUUGACGCGAAUGGAGGGAGAAUCGAAGGAAGAUGUUUGGUGCAGAGAAACAGUGCCAAAGGUAUUGAAACUUGUCUGUUCCACAUUACCUCUGUCUCUGUCUCACACAAACCUCGUUUCUCUCCUUCUGGUCUCUCCCUCCCUUCAUCGCACCCUUCUCUGUUCUCAACCCCUUUGGCAGUCACUCAAUUUUCGCGAGUUAAACAAUGCUGGGAAUCGCCUUAUAGCUGCUCUUUCUCUGCCUAGAUAUUGCAAUGUGAAGCAGAUUAACCUUGAGUUUGCGAGAGAUGUUGAAGACGCACAUCUGAUUCUCAUUAUGGAUAAGUGUUUUAAUUCUCUUCAAAGCUUGGAGUCUUUAAAUCUGAAUGGCUGCCAAAAAAUAUCGGAUACAGGAAUUGAAGCUAUAACCAGUUGUUGCCCCCAGCUGAAAAGCUUUUCGAUCUACUGGAAUGUCAGGGUAACAGACAGAGGACUACAACAUAUAGUGAAGAACUGCAAACACAUAAUUGACUUGAACAUAAGUGGAUGUAAGAAUAUUUCAGACCAAGGUGCACAACUUGUUGCUGAUAAUUAUCCAGAACUAGAGUCACUAAAUUUGACUAGGUGCAUCAAAUUAACAGAUGAUGGGUUGAAGAGUUUAUUGCACAAAUGUCUAUUUCUUCAGAGUUUGAAUCUCUAUGCACUGUCAAGCUUCACAGAUGAAGCUUACAGGAAAAUAUGCCUUCUAGCACGUCUCAAGUUUUUGGAUCUUUGUGGUGCCCAGAAUCUUUCAGAUGAAGCACUCUCCUGUAUUUCUAAAUGCAAGAACCUUGAAUCUCUCAAUUUGACAUGGUGUGUACGUGUGACUGAUGAAGGGGUCAUAUCCAUUGCAAAGGGUUGCACCUCUCUUGAAUUUCUAAGCUUGUUCGGAAUAGUUGGCGUGACCGAUAAAUGUCUGGAGGAACUCUCAAAGUCCUGUUCCAACAAAAUUACGACCCUUGAUGUGAACGGAUGUAUUGGCAUUAAGAAACGAAGCCGCGAAGAGUUGCUACAACUGUUUCCAUAUUUGAAAUGUUUUAAAGUGCAUAGCUAAUGAGUGGUUAGCAGAAAUUUGGUAAUCAAAUCAGUCCUUUUGACAAUUAUGGCAUAUAACCCGUAAAACUUGCAAAUUUAAUCAGUUUUUAUAGCAUUUCUUUCUGCAUGUUGUAUUAUUAUUAUUAUUAUUAUUAUUAUUAUUAUUUUAACAA